UCAGGUUAUGCUACGUUGCCAAAAAUGUCUAGAAUCAUGAAUGCUCGUUGCUACAUUUUGUUGAUGAUGACAUUGAACCACGCUCUUCAGUGCAACGACAUUAUUGUAAACGAAACUGCACAGUCUGUAGAUACUAUACAGGUGUUGAACACGGCCAGCCAUGUUACUUGUGCUAGUACAAAGCAGUUGAACGAUCACCAACGUAUUCGACCGAAUCCUAACGAAGCUUCACUAACCACGGCCGAGAUAAUAAUUGGAAGAGGUUACCCAGUUGAAAUUCACAGGAUAACAACCAGUGAUGGUUACAUUCUCGAGCUUCAUCGCAUUCCGUAUGGUAAAGGCCAGAAGAUGGCGCCGAACGUCUCAAGACGACCUGUUUUUCUCCAGCACGGAAUUUUGACUAGCGAUAAUGUUUGGUUAAUCAAUCAGGAUGGGCUUGGCUUCGUUUUAGCCGACGCAGGAUACGACGUUUGGAUGGGAAAUGCUCGUGGUAAUACAUAUUCACGUCGGCAUGUUAAGCUCGAUCCGUCAGAAGAAGAAUAUUGGAAUUUCUCGUUCGACGAGAUGGGCAAUUACGACAUUCCAGCCGUCAUUAAUUUCGUGGUGACAAAGACAGGGAACCAAAAGCUGAGUUACGUAGGUCACUCAAUGGGUUGCGCCAUGUUCUUUAUUUGUAUGUCUUUACAUCCCGAGCUGAAUGAGAAGAUUGAUAUAAUGAUUGCAUUGGCCCCUGCGGUUUCAAUGGCAGAAUCGACAGCUCCGCUUGCGGUUUACCAAGCACCAUUUUCCAAGGAAAUAAAGUUUGUCUUCGACCUGAUCGGUGUGCGUGCAUAUGAACCAGUUGAUACAGUUUGGAACAAUUUUCGCAAGCAAUAUUGUGGACCUAAUCUUUUCCUGCGUUAUUCCAUUUGUCGGAACACGAUAUUCUCUUCUUCGGAUGACGAGUAUCACGCUUUCGAUUUGAAUAUUUUGCCAGUUAUUGAUGGCCAUAAUCCGGCUGGAACUUCAGUUAAAACUGCUAUCCAUUACGCCCAAAACUACAUGACUGGUCAGACUUUUCAACGGUAUGAUUUUGGCUAUCGCGAAAAUCUAUUGCGUUAUGGCCAAACGACUCCACCAACUUAUGAUUUGAACAAAGUAACAUGUAGCGUUUUUAUUUUUUGGGGGCAACGCGAUAAGGUAUCAGCUCCUAAGGAUAUUGCCUGGCUGGCAAACAAAUUAGGAAACUUGAAAACUUCUAUUAUGAUCGAAGAUCCACUUUGGAAUCAUCUUUCGUUUCUGUUUUCAUCCGACGCCAACCGACUAGUCUACAAAAAAUUUAUUCCGUUGCUUCCAUUACCUGCUUUGUAG